AAAUGCACCAUUGUUGUAUUCCUAUUCUUGUUCCCUCCCUUCAUUUUCUGUUGUGCAACCAAACAAGCCGUGAGGGUUUAGGGUUCACCCUAUACCAUUUUCCCUCUCAAAACCACCGAACAAGAUCAAAUUAAAAUACCAAGCAGCAGCGGGAGAUGAGAAUAUCCCUGCAUUAGGUCGAAGAGACUGAUUUAACUUGUUCUCGAGAGCAGAAGUUAAACUCGCAUUUUCAGAGAAGACGAGUAAAACUAAGAUAGAGAGAAGGCCAGCCAUUGCGAAGAAGACCCAGCAAAUGUGCCCGAUUUUUUGACUCUCUUGAAGUCGACUUGCUAGAAUGCCUAUCGGCGUUCGUGAACUCACAGUAUUGGGCGAGUUCAAGCCCUUCGGCUUGAUUGCCGAGGCUCUCGACGGAAAGCCUCCAAGCAAUGUCUCCGAAAAGUUCGAUUACUUUCUCUUCGACACUGAAACCACACGAGAGCGAGAAGAGGAGGAUGAAACCGAUGCAUCCAUUGCCGCAUUCAGCGAUGGCUGUGAUCACGAGCUCUUCAUUAGAGGAAAUCGUAUCAUAUGGUCAACAGGAGCUGGGGUUUUUAAAAGAUUCACCUUACCGACCUCAGUUAUCAAGGUAUGCUGGUGUCGUCUUGGAGAGAUGACGGAAGCUUUACUAUGUGUAUUGCAAAUUGAUUGUUUAACACUAUACAACACAUCAGGUGAAGUAGUUUCUAUCCCUCUACCUCGCACCAUUACAUCAAUAUGGCCUCUUCCAUUUGGUUUGCUACUGCAGCAUGCUGCUGAAGGGAAUUCACCAACACAAAAUUAUUUUUCAUCCUCAAGUCCUUUAUUUGGCUCACGUGAGAUGUUUCAUUCUAGAAGAGAAAUUGGUCAUAGUCCACAGCACAAUUUCAGUUUCUCGAGCGCAUCUGACUGCGCAAUCAAAGGGGAGCCCACCAAAACUUCUUCACAUCUUAUUCUAAAGGAUGCAUUGGAAGAACCACAGUUAACCUAUAUUGAAGAAAGGGGGAAACUCAACAUAAUGAAGGAUUUUGAUGAAGAAACAAUAUGGACUAGCAAUCGGAUUCCUCUAAUGGCAUCAUAUAAUAAAGGAAAGAAGCAACACUCAGUGUGGGUUGUAGACGUUAUCAGUCCUAACCUUGAAAUGGCAAAUUCUUCUGUGAGUGAGGCAAUUCCAGCUGCCAGGUUGCCACGGCAAUUUUCUUUUCGUAAAGUAUGGCAGGGGAAGGGUGCCCAAUCGUCUGCCUCUAAGGUUUUUCUGGCAACUGAUGACGAUGCAGCUCCUGUAGUGUGUUUUCUUCUUCAAGAGCAUAAAAAGUUGUUGUCUGUAAGGCUUCAAAGUGUUGAAAUCAAUAAUGAGAUUAUCUUUGAUGUUAAGCCUGACAUGAGCUGGAGCAUACCUGCAAUUGCAGCUGCACCUGUGAUUGUAACACGCCCAAGAGUGAAAAUGGGACUCCUGCCAUAUGUGGACAUCAUUGUUUUAGGUCCGGAAAGCACAUUCCUUCUCUAUUCAGGGAACCAAUGCCUGUGUCGAUUUUUAUUACCUUCUCAUCUUGGUCAAGGAGAUCUCUCCCCUAAUCCAAAAUUUCCGGAUAGUGCAUCUAUUCCCCAUGACUUAAAGAUGGUUGGUUUGGCUGAUGCAGUGGAGGGGCGUGUAAACAUAGUAUUAAAUAGUGGACAGAUGUUUCGAUGUGCUCUACGGAGAAGCCCUUCAUCUUCCUUAGCAAACGAUUGCAUCACAGCAAUGGCUGAAGGGCUUGGUUCCAGUUUCUAUAAUCAUUUUUUAGGUCUACUUUGGGGAGACGGCGACUCCGCCUAUUUGUCAAAGGCUGAUUCUAGUGUUAACUCUGAAUGGGAUUCAUUUUGUAGUGUCAUUUUGCAAAUGUGCAGAAAGACUAGUGUCAUAUCUCAAAAAACUACAAAUUCGGUGACGCCUUCAGCUUGGGAUUUCCUCUUGAACAGCAAAUUUCACAAUAACUAUAGCAAAAGUAAUUUUCUUUCUGGUAUUUCUCUUAUAACAACACCUCGUGAUGGUUGGGAUAUGGAUUCUUUAGGACCAGAUAUUUAUUGUAAACAAAGCUCAGGAAAAGGCUUUUACUCUGAACUAUUGAAGGAAGUUUUGGAAACUCUGCACGCGUUGUAUGAAUGUCUAAAAUUGGAUAAUCUUCGCAAAUGGGACUUGGAGUCUCUGGCUGUUCUUUUGUGCAGUAUUGCCAAAUUUCUUGGUGAGGAAAUUUAUCUUGAUCAUUAUGUACGAGAUUUUCCUGGUCUUUUGAAGAAGUUUGGCAUGUGCAAACCAUCUUUCUCUCAGACGAGUCCUCCUAGUUUAUUCAGAUGGCUUGAAAUGUGUUUGCAACAUGGCUGCACCUCUGCAAAUAAAAAUGAUCUUCCACCUUUAGUUCGUAAAGAUGGAAGUAAUGUUGUGAGCUGGGCGCGAAAGAUAGUCUCCUUUUACAGUUUACUCUGUGGUGCUAAACAGACAGGGAAGAAGCUUUCAUCUGGUGUUUACUGUAGUAUUGCAAUGGGUUCAUACUGCAGUGCUGACGAGCUUACUGUCUUGGCUAUGGUUGGGGAAAGGUUUGGAUUGCAACAACUUGAUUCACUGCCGUCUGGUGUGUCACUUCCUUUGCGACAUGCACUGGAUAAGUGUCGUGAAUCUCCGCCAACUGACUGGCCUUCAGCUGCAUAUGUUCUUCUUGGUAGAGAAGAUUUAGCUUUGUCAUGCUCGGCUCUUUUAUGCAAGUCAAAGGAGCUUGGAAAUCAAGCCAUUGUGAAUCUGAUCUCCAUGUCCGCACCUUACAUGUUACAUUUGCAUCCAGUGGUAAUUCCUUCUACAGUUUUGGAUACAAUUGGAUUGGAGAGUACAAAGAUUGAAGAUACAGAUACUGUUGAUGGGUCAGCGACUGAUGGUAUGGACCAUAUCUUCAACUCUAGCACUCAGUUGCAUUAUGGUCGAGAUCUGCGAUUGAAUGAGGUUAGACGGCUUCUGUGCUCUGCAAGACCAGUGGCGAUUCAAACACCUGUGAAUCCUAGUGCAUCUGAUCAAGACCUCCAGCAGGCUCAGCUAUGGCAUUUUGCACAAAGGACCACUGCUCUUCCUCUUGGCCGUGGGGCAUUUACUCUUGCAACUAUAUAUACACUUCUAACGGAGGCCUUCACGGUCCCAAAGCUAGUUUUAGCUGGUCGGUUGCCUGCUCAACAAAAUGCAACUGUUAAUUUGGACCCAAAUAUAAGGAAUAUACAAGAACUCAAAUCCUGGCCAGAGUUUCAUAAUGCUGUAGCUGCUGGGCUAAGGCUGGCUCCCCUUAAGGGGAAAAUGUCAAGAACAUGGAUAAUCUAUAACAAACCUGAGGAACCAAAUGCAGUUCAUGCAGGACUUCUCCUUGCACUGGGUUUGCAUGGAUAUUUGCGUGUUUUGACUAUCUCUGACAUAUACCAGUAUUUGCAACAGGAACAUGAGAACACAACUGUGGGAUUAAUGCUUGGCCUGGCAGCAUCUUAUAGGGGGACAAUGCAACCUGCAAUAUCAAAGUCUCUUUAUGUUCACAUACCUUCUCGACAUUCAUCAUCCUUUCCGGAGUUGGAGUUGCCAACCCUUCUACAGUCUGCAGCACUACUGUCAGUUGGGCUUCUUUAUGAAGGAUCAGUGCACCCGCAAACAAUGCAGAUUCUUCUGGGUGAAAUAGGCCGUAGAAGUGGAGGUGACAAUGUUCUUGAAAGAGAAGGUUAUGCUGUUUCAGCUGGAUUUUCACUGGGCCUUGUUGCACUUGGUCGUGGGAGAGAUGCAGUUGGCUUCAUGGAAACUUUGGUUGAUCGUCUGUUCCACUACAUUGGUGGUAAAGAAGCUCAUAGUGAAAGAUUUCCAUUCUUGAUGCCCUCGACAGAUGAACACAGCCGUGCUGCUGGACAGAUGAUGGAUGGAACUGCAGUUAACAUUGAUGUCACCGCACCUGGAGCUACAAUUGCAAUUGCUCUAAUGUUUCUAAAGACUGAAUCUGAAGCGAUAGUGUCAAGGCUCUCAAUUCCACAGACACAUUUUGAUUUGCAGUAUGUGAGGCCUGACUUCAUAACGCUUCGUGUAAUUGCUCAGAAUUUGAUAAUGUGGAGCAGGGUUCAACCCUCCAAAGACUGGAUUCAGUCUCAAAUUCCUGAAAUCAUCAAAAGCAGCAUCAGUGAUCUCCAUAAUGAUGAUAGUGAUAUUGAUGAAAUGGAUGCUGAAACAUUUGUCCAGGCUUAUGUCAACAUAGUGGCUGGAGCAUGCAUUUCUAUUGGUUUGAGAUUUGCUGGCACAAUGAAUGGAAAUGCGCAGGAGUUACUUUACGAAUAUGCUGUCUACUUUCUUAAUGAGAUCAAGCCUGUUUCUUCAACUAGUGGAAAUAAUUUUUCCAAGGGAUUGUCUCGCUACAUUGAUCGGGGAACAUUGGAAAUUUGCCUUCACCUAAUUGUUCUUUCCUUAUCUGUGGUUAUGGCUGGUUCUGGACAUCUUCGAACAUUUCGUUUAUUGAGAUUUCUUCGAAGUCGUAACUCUUCGGAUGGGCAUACUAAUUAUGGCAUUCAGAUGGCGGUAAGCUUAGCAAUUGGUUUCUUGUUUCUUGGUGGGGGAAUGCGAACAUUUUCGACUAGCAACACUGCAAUUGCUGCUCUGCUGAUUACCCUUUAUCCACGCUUGCCUGCUGGACCAAAUGACAAUCGUUGCCACCUUCAGGCAUUCAGGAAUUUGUAUGUCCUCGCUACCGAGGCUCGCUGGAUUCAGACUGUUGAUGUUGACAGUGGUCUGCCUGUGUAUGCCCCGCUUGAAGUUACAAUUAGAGAAACAGAACAUUAUUCAGAAACAAGUUUUUGUGAGAUUACCCCGUGCAUUCUGCCAGAACGUUCUAUAUUGAGAAGAAUACGUGUUUGUGGCCCUCGGUACUGGACUCAAGUGAUCGAUCUUGUGCCUGAAGACAAAUCCUGGUGGAGUUUCAGGGACAAGAAUGACCCAUUCAAUUCUGGCGUUCUCUAUAUCAAACGGAAGGUUGGAGCUUGUUCGUAUGUUGAUGAUCCCAUAGGGUGCCAGUCGCUGCUUUCACGAGCAAUGCAUAAGGUUUCUGGUUUGACAAGUUUAAAAGCAUGUGAUACAAGUAUCAACUGCCCUUGUGGACCUGGUUCUGUUACUGUUGAUCAGUUGGUCAGCACCUUUUCUUCUGAUCCAAGCUUAAUUGCUUUUGCCCAACUAUGCUGCAACCCGUCAUGGAGUAACAGAUCUGACGUUGAUUUCCAAGAAUUUUGUUUACAAGUAUUAUUUGAGUGCAUAAGCAAAGACAGACCUGGUCUGUUAACGGUCUACUUGUCAUUAUAUAUGACACUUGGGUCAAUGGCUGAUCAGGUUGCCAAUGUUACUAAUGCUCUCAGUGACUCACUUUCUAUUUGCAAUUUAAAGCUUGCACUAACAUACAAUGAGGCAAUUUUGGGCGGAAAAUUGGCCACUUCGAGAGGUGGCAUUAUUCAAUCAAUCUUUCUAGGGUCUGUUAGGAAGCGGAUAGAAGAACUCCUAAACUGUUCAGAGGGAUUGAGAAAUGAUUUAUGUAACUAUUUGAUGUUGGGAAGAUGGCCUGACGAAGCAGAGGGAGAUAAAAAUUCAGUACUUCUUUCUUGGUACCUUCAAUGGUUCGGUAUACCUGCGUCAUCUGUUGUCAAGGCAGUGGUGGAUAAAAUAAAGCCCAAGCUCUUAUCAUCUUCUUCAGUCCCCCUGCUGCGUUUGUCACUUCCAGGCACUCACAUGAAUGCCAUUAGAGAUAUAGAUAAGUUACUGUUUUCUCCCCAAGUCAACAACUGAUGCUCAGAUGGUGAACUUCAUAGAAAAGAGAAACCAUAUGUUUCCCUUGUAUAUUUUUGGUUGCUUCUGCAUGCAGCUCCUCAGCGGUUUAUGUUAGUUUCUUGAAGAGAAGAACCAUGAGGCUGUUUCAGGUCUUUCAAAUUUGGAAGGUUCUGGUUUGACAAAAGAUAGCAAAGUGCAGGUAUUACUACCAUUUCAGAAUGAAGAUAAACCUGGAAUACGGUUAUUUCUAACGCUUGCUUAACUUCUGUCGAACAGCUUCUUCUGAAUUGGGUCUCACCAAGAAGAAAAGGGUGCAAUGCUACCAUUCAUGUGAAGUCGACCUGGAGCAAGGAGUCUUACGUUGACUGUCAUGCUCAACUAAUGGUAGAUGAGCCAAAUACCUCCAUCAUGCAGUUUUGUUUCUAAAUCGAGUAUCUGGCACAUUAUCAUCUUUGUUAUUAUCAAAGCUUAUAUCCCAAAUAAAUUGGGAUGACCUACAUGAUCAAACAUAGUGUGUGUGUAUUUGAUUACAGUGUAAAUUAAAUGAUUGCGUACCAGGUCGCUGAUAGGGCCUUUUUUUUGUAUGAUCUUAGUGAUUUGCAAAAGUAUUAAGUCUUUUUGA